ACGGAAAGAACCUUAUCCCUCUCUCUUCAUCUUCUGCUGAGCAAAACCACUGAAGCAUCCAGCCAUGGCUUCCAUUCUGCUGGGAGCUCCCUCCUUCGCCUCUCACCCACCGAGCCUUUGCCCUCGCAUCUCCUUCUCUCACUCCCAAACGCUCGGCACCUCUCUCUCCUCCUCCGCCUCCCUCUCCAUCUCCUCCGCCGCUUCCUCCCCGUCCGUCCCUCUCGUGUACUGCGGAAGAGGCGAUAAGAAGACUGCAAAGGGGAAGCGGUUCAAUCACUCCUUCGGGAAUGCGAGGCCGAGGAACAAGAAGAAGGGUCGAGGCCCACCGAGGGUGCCGACCCCGCCUUCUCCCCCGAAGAAGGACAAGUUCGAGGACGACGAGAAGGUUAAGAUUGAGAUCGAUGAGUCACUUUUCUCUGGCUAAUCUAGCAGACUCAUUCAUUUCUUUCCGAACGUAAUAUCGCUAUGAUUCUGAAAUGCAAAUGCUUUCUGCUGUUGCGACACUCCGUGCUAAUGGUCUCCAUGAAGCUUCGAGCUCGAUUGGCUGUGAAAUAGUUAUGCUUCCGUUCUUUGUUU